AUGAUCGCCCUCGGCCUCGAAGGCUCCGCCAACAAGCUCGGCGUAGGCCUAAUCUCGCACCCACACCCCUCCAAACCGCCCGUAAUCCUCGCGAACCUCCGGCACACCUUCGUAUCUCCUCCCGGCGAGGGCUUCCUUCCCAAGGACACCGCGAAGCACCACCGGGCGUGGGUGGUGCGGCUGGUGAAGCAAGCGAUGCGGCAGGCCGGGGUCGGGAUCGCGGACGUGGACUGUAUAUGCUACACCAAGGGACCGGGGAUGGGCGCGCCGCUGCAGAGCGUGGCGCUGGCGGCGCGGACGCUGGCGAUGCUGUGGGGGAAGGAGCUGGUCGGGGUGAACCAUUGCGUUGGACACAUCGAAAUGGGCCGCGCAAUAACCGGCGCCACCAACCCCGUCGUCCUCUACGUGUCCGGCGGCAACACCCAAGUGAUAGCCUACUCCGCGCAGCGGUACCGGAUCUUCGGCGAGACGCUCGACAUCGCGGUAGGAAACUGCCUCGACCGGUUCGCGCGCACGCUGCGGAUCCCGAACGAGCCCGCGCCGGGCUACAACAUCGAGCAGCUGGCCAAGAAGGCCGGCGGCAGCAGCAGCAGCAGCGAAGGGGAAGAGCAGGUGGAGCUGCUAGACCUGCCCUACACGGUCAAGGGCAUGGACUGCUCCUUCUCCGGCAUCCUCGCCUCCGCCGACAUCCUGGCCGCAGAAAUCAUCGCCAAGCACGGCGGCACCAUCCCCGAGGACCGGAAAGCGCUCCUCUGCCACUCCCUCCAAGAAACCGCCUUCAGCAUGCUCGUCGAGAUCACCGAGCGCGCUAUGGCGCACGUAGGCGCCAGCCAGGUCCUCGUCGUCGGCGGGGUGGGGUGUAACGAGCGGCUGCAGGAGAUGAUGGGGCUCAUGGCGCAGCAACGCGGGGGGGAGGUGUAUAAGACCGAUGAAAGGUUUUGUAUCGACAAUGGCAUCAUGAUUGCGCAUGCGGGCCUGUUGGCGUAUGGGACGGGGGUUAGGACAAGGAUCGAGGAGAGUACGUGCACGCAGAGGUAUAGGACUGAUGAGGUGUUCGUGGGGUGGAGGGAUGACUGA